AAGAUGUGUACUGUGCAAUCUUCCACCCAGAAAAAGAACAGUUCAAAUAAAAUAAUUAAAAACACAAAAUUACAAUGACAUUCAUGCUCAUAAUGAUUUUAUGGAAACAUCUGACCACAAUUGGAUAUAAAAAUCUAUCCUAUAUUAAUAUAUCUAAAUAUCUAAUUAGUAUUAACACACCUGAACACUGCCCUGUUGAGAAAGAAGUGGUGUGCAGCACAUCAGUAAGUUUGAAUCCAGCCUUCUUUCCUCCACAUGCUGUAACCUGUAGACAUUGAUUUUUUGACAUCAGUAAAAUGAGUGGUGUUGUUUCUCAUGCUGUAAUGGUUCCAGCACAAAUAAGAUCCUGUAGAAACAGCUUGAGCGUGUAGAGACAGAAACAACUUGUCAUACUUGGAAAACCACAACCACUGGAGGGGAGAUUAAUUUGUAACACAGUUUAAAACCAGAGACUGUAGAGCUAAUGAACUAAUUAUGUCACUCGCUAGUUGGUGUCGUCUUGUUGUGAAGCUGACAUUACUAGCUAUCACCAUGUUUCCAAACUGGAUCUGAAGACUCGGGGGUGGAGCUGAACAGAAAACCCUCUCUCUCUCUUCUUUUUGUUCUUUUUUUGGUUAAUCCGUUUAACUCUUGAAUCAAUUGAGCAGAAAACUCAAGGGAUGAACCAGUGUUGUUUCUGCACCUAACAGACAACUGAGCAGAGACUAUAUUGAACUCUUGCCUUUUGUCACUUUGUUACUGGCAGCGUGAGAAAUGACAAAGAUAACAGUUUUACAGGCACAAAGAACUAUUGGCUGAAACAGAGGACAAAAUAUUAAGUAGAUUAAGUAGCAGGCCUGAAAAACUAUCUAAUGCAGAUGAGCAGAAUAUGAAAGUUAUGUUCCUCAGAAAAAGGAAAAACUCCAAAGACCUGAAACAGGACCUGGGGCCCUUUUGUUGAUCCCACCAGUUCUUUGCUGAGGUCGCAUCAGAAAUGAUCUCAGUGAGAGGGUAGCUGUCAAAGCCAUUCUGAAGGAAGGGAAACGGGGAGAAAAGACAGAGAUUUGCCAAAUUACGCAAGGACUGGACUGAAAAUAUGUGAUAACAGGCCUUAAGGAGUGAUGAAUCCAAAUUUUAUUGAAGCAGUGUGGGAUCAACAUAACAGGAAACGGAACAAAAGGCAGAAACAUCGAAAGAAGGAGUUUGAAUCUCCUUCGGGAAGCCUGGAGAACAAUUUCUGAAUCACUGUCACUCAGUGACAAACGAGCUCAGUAUACUCCAGUUUAAAAAACCAAACAAACAAAAAUGGACUAAACACCAGCCAGCCAAGAACAUGUCUUCAUUCAUUUGGCGACAGAUGUUGCACAUUAAAACUACAAAUAGACUAAAAAUCUAUGAACAGACCAGGAUGCUGUUGUUUGGUUUUUUUCCAAUGCGUUAGGACUUUUGAAGUCAGCUGCUUGUCAGCUUAAAUGUCAAAUUCAACUUUUUGCUUGGAAAAAUUUUUUGUUGCUACUUCCAUGGCGCGUUUGAGUUUGUGUUGGCUCGCGUUCUGGCUAUUUGCACGUGUUUUCUUAAGUGGCAAUGCGUUGAGCUGUCUCUAGGCCAACGGUGCUCAAUCCUCUUUAAGUGUGACAAGGUCACAGCUGAUGUCUGGCUAAGCCUGAGCUGAGAGGAGAUAAACCAGUGAGGAAGAAGGAAGCUCCAGUGUGUUACUGCAGCACUUUGUGGCCCGCUGGCAGGAUAGACAGUUGUUCUGCGACAUGUAGCUGGAUGAUUGUGAUGGCACAGUGGGGUGCCGUAUUCUCAAUAAUUGCUGCUCUUGGUGGAGCAGCGCUGUUGGCCUCUGUGCACAAGAUUGAUGAGGGGCACACUGGAGUUUACUACAGGGGAGGGGCUCUCCUGACCACCACCAGCGGUCCUGGUUUCCAUCUUAUGCUUCCUUUCAUCACCACAUACAAGUCUGUGCAGACGACGCUGCAGACAGAUGAAGUGAAGAACGUACCAUGUGGAACAAGUGGAGGAGUGAUGAUUUACUUUGAUCGCAUAGAAGUGGUGAACUACCUCAUUCCAUCGGCGGUGUAUGACAUAGUGAGGAACUUCACUGCAGACUAUGACAAAGCCUUGAUAUUCAACAAAGUUCACCACGAACUCAACCAGUUCUGCAGCGUUCACUCUCUGCAGGAGGUCUACAUCGGCCUGUUUGACCAAAUUGAUGAAAAUCUGAAGUUGACGCUACAAGAGGAUCUAACAAACAUGGCGCCUGGACUUAUCAUUCAGGCGGUCCGUGUCACAAAGCCCAACAUCCCAGAGAGCAUUCGCCGGAACUACGAGCUUAUGGAGAGCGAGAAGACCAAGCUGCUGAUCUCCCAGCAGACACAGAAGGUUGUGGAGAAGGAGGCAGAGACGGAGAGGAUUAAAGCGGUGAUAGAGGCUGAGAAAGUGGCUCAAGUUGCAGAAAUCAAGUUUGGACAGAAAGUCAUGGAGAAGGAAACGGAAAAAAGAAUCUCUGAGAUUGAAGACGGUGCUUUCUUGGCCCGGCAGAAAGCCAAGGCUGAUGCGGAGUUCUACACGGCUCAGCGAGCGGCUGAGGCCAAUAAGCUCAAGCUAACACCAGAGUACCUGCAGCUGAUGAAAUACAAGGCCAUCGCAGCCAACAGCAAAAUCUACUUUGGGAGCGACAUACCACAGAUGUUUGUGGACUCUGGCUCAGCAGGGAGCUCCAUCAAGGCCUCGGCAGCCAUGGACAUUGUUGCCGAGCACAUCAUGGACCUGGAUUAGGCAGGAAAGUAGUGGCACCUGCUGGAAUGUUCAAAGGCAGAGCACUAUCAGCUGAAGGAGAUCUGCCUACUGCGGGUCUGUACUUCUCAACACAUCUGAAUUACUGCUAGGAAUCCCUGUUCUCCAGCCUCAGAGCAGACAACAUGAGCAUUCGCUCUGUCCUGAUGGCCACUGAAGUCCUCUAAACACGGUGUGAUUAAAAUCCGUUAUUGUCAUUUAGCAAAAUAAGAAUUUAAAAACUUGUCCUUGCUACUGCUGCUGCUCAGUUUUUGAUUUUUUUAUGGUCUGUGCAUCAAGCCUACGUAGCCAAAGCAUCAAGGAUCCCAAAUCCAUCAAUACUUUGUUUGUACCAUCCAUUCCACUAAAGUAAUGGCUGUAUUCCUCAAGCAUGCCCACAGCCAACAAUGUCAAAGGUUGUUCUUUUUAAAGGGUACCUUUAAACACUGCCCGUCUCUAUGGGGAAGUCAGCUGAUUGGUCUCAUUCAUGUCAGGGUAGAUAAACAUGCUUUAAUUAGUUUUUGAUACGGUCAUUAUUUAAAAAGGAAAAUAACCAUCACAAAGCAGGUUGAGCGUUUGGGUGAAUGUUCUGCAGAAACCGUGCUGUUACUCAGUUACGUGUUUCACAUUUCCACACAGACUGUAAUCAAGAGUGUUUUUUUUCUCUGCUCUCUGCCUGAAAGACGGACCAAAUGUGUCUCUGAGGAUGAAUGUACUGAGGUAGCUGUUCACUGUCACAUUUGACAACAUCACUGGAUUGCUGCAGUUUGUUUUUUCAACUUGUUUUGAACGCUGGAUUUGUGCACCUGUGUGAAGUUGUUAUAUAUUUUCUGUAUACGUGUUUCUCACAUUGAAUAACUGAUUAAGAGACUAUUUGUUUCUGGAGUUUUCUUCUUCUUUUUCCACCUCCACUGUGAAAGAAACCAAAGUAUUCAUGUGUGACAUCAGCUUCUCACAAAACUAUUAAGCAAAAUUUUUAUGCAACCAAUUUCGUGGGCGUCCUGUAAGACUCUUCAUAAGACAAGAAUUAAUAAUUGCCUUUUAGUAUUUGGUGGCGUGACGCAGCUGUGGAGGAGGAACACUCUAGGAUGUAGUAAUGAUGACGAGUUUUUAACCAUCCAGAAAUUCAGUCUGUAGUUUUCCGUUACUCACUUCAGUGAUCUUAUAAACGUCAUACGAUCCAGUGAUUCUGAAAACAAUCUGUUGGGAAAUCUUCAUGAGUCCACGUUGAGUCAUCUCUGAGGUUUUACAGCCAGGACGGUUUGCAGAAUGCACGACUGAGCGCUGAUAACCAUGUGCUUAAAUUUCCAAAGAACCAAUUGGUGUGAAGGACCGACUGGUUUAGGGGAAUUGGCGUGCUCGGUAUAAGCAGCGUCACUGUGAGCAAAUAUUUCUUUAGGCCAGGAGCCAAAUGGCGUUUUUACAAAAAGUUAUGAUUAUUUUAAGAUUUUCCGUAAUCUGAUUCGUCUGUCAUUUUUUAAUUUCUUGUAGCUAUAUCUUCACAUCAUGUGUUAGUGGACACACUUUUAAAGAAAGUGGACCACUUUGCUAUCAGUGAUGUUUUUCAAAGGGACUAGCACCCACCCACGCAAAUGUUUUUGUACUGACUUCAGCUGUGAAUGUACAAUCAAGGCAUUGUCUUCUGAUAAUAAAGUACUGUGUUUUCUUCUUUGCA